AGCAGCCACUUCGGCUCAAAGGGAGGGGGGGCAGCCGGGCGCUCCCCGCGCGGCCCCAUGCGACAGGUGCUCCGGCGGCCGCCCGCGCCAGCCCCAGGCCACCGCGCGGCAUGUCCGAGGUCUACAUCAAGGAGCCGAACACCAAUGGCAAGGCCGUGCUCCGCACCACCCACGGCGACCUGGAGAUUGAGAUGUGGGCGACCGAGGCGCCGAAGGCGUGUCGAAACUUCUGCCAGCUCAUCCUGGAGGGCUAUUAUAAUGGGACGAUAUUCCACCGCGUCAUCAAGGACUUCAUCGUCCAGGGGGGGGACAAGACGAACACUGGGGAGGGGAGCGAGUCGAUCUACGGCGAGCCCUACCCGGACGAGGUCCACCCGCGGCUGAAGUUCAGGUACAGGGGCAUGAUGGGCAUUGCCAGCGCUGGGAAGGGAACGAAGACGAACGGGAGCCAGUUCUUCAUCGCCCUCGACCGCGCGCCCAUGUUGGAUAUGAAGCACACCCUCUUUGCAAAGGUCGUCGGGCAGACCAUCUACAACUUGGUGCGGAUAAACGACGUCUCCGUGGACAAGCACGACCGGCCGCUGGAUCCGCCGCGUGUGCUCAGGGCUGAGCUCACCUGGGACCCCUUCGGGGACCUCGAGCCUCGCUCGAUUCCGGCCCCCCCCUCGUCGGGGGCCAAGCCCGCCCCAGAACAGUUCCGGAGGGCGCCCGUGCGCAACAAGAAGGUGCUCUCCUUCGGCGACGAGGAGCAGGACUCGGACGACGACGGGGCCCCCGCCACCAAGAAGGGGGGCGCCCACGACCUGCUGGACGACCCCAGGCUCCUCAAGGGCCAGGGCGCCCGGCCCGGCGGAGCGGCGGCGCAGGGGCCGGGCGCAAGGGCGCAGGACCGCAAGGAGGAGGGUGGGCGUAUCAGCCUGCGCCUUUUCCCGGCCCACAGCGCGGGGUUUGCAGAUUGCGGCCUCGGGAUGGCUGGGAGCAGAGGCGCAGGCCGAGGCCCAGGGCAAAAAGGGUUGCGGCUCCGCGAUUUGGUCACAACCUUCGAGGCCCUCGGCGACCAGCGACAGCUUCAGCACUGCAAAUUUCAGGUUUCCAAGUUCCAGGCGGUUUCGAGGCCGCCCCCGCCACCCACUGUGGGUGCGGCCAAGCAUACCAUGGCCCAGGCGCGCCAGCAGCUGGACCGCACGGUGCAGGCGACGAGCAAGCUGGAGGAGCAGCUUCGCUUGGCGAAGCAUCAGGCAGUCCUGGCGCACUGCCAGUUCCAGGAGUGCGAGAAGCCGCCCGCCAAGACGUCCCUCGUCCUGGCGCUGCUGCUGGAAGGGGGCGAGGUCGAGCUCAACGACAAUGGCAUAUUCGGGCUGGCAGACGAGGGCUCGGAGUUCUCGAAGGAGGAGCAGGCCGAGCUGGAUUCACGCGAAGCCAGGGUGCUCACCAUCUUCCGCGAGGCGGCGCAGGCUGCCUUCGGAGAGGCCGGCGGCGCUCCGAAGCGGCCGGCCGCGCCCGCAGCGGCCGCCGAGGCGGCGCCGGCCGCCGCCCGCGGCGGUCGGCCGGCGCUCGCCGUCGCUGGCCUGGGGGUGGUCGGCAGGGACUUUUACGGCGUGUUCCCGCUGCGGGGCAAGCUGAGGAACGUCCGCGAGCUCAGCGCCAAGCAGACCAUCGACAACCGGGAGCCGCCCGCCGGCUGCCUCCCCGGCCUGGCUCCCGGGCGCCGGGGAGAGGAGGCUGUCGACAGCGAUCAGACCACGGGCAUGCGUCCCAAGGCAGCGUAG